ACCGUGUUCCCCUUCCUUCCUCGGUUGGAAUCGUUGAGUGAGCAGCGCGGUCCGCAGUGUGGGGUGUGCAGGUAUAGCAGCCUUUCAUUAAGAUGGCCGUACGGGAUGGCUUCGAUCCGUCCCCUCCGCAAUGCGAUAUCACGACAUGCACCUUUCCUCUCUCGAGAACACUAUUACUGGGUCCCAACCGCCCUAUCCUCGGGCUAGUCACUUGACAAGAGCACAGCCUUUGCGGGGUACAGACACCCUGAAGCACAUCAUAUACGCAACAGCGGCCCCUGGUCUGCCAACUCAUGGCCUCUCUGCGUCUGGUCGCUUACCCAUCAAUCGCGACAACGCCAGUACAAGUAUAUAUACUAUACUUUGCCCGAUUAUACAAGUAUCCACCGACAAGACUUUGGGAUGGCACAUGCGCGCCAUCAAGGCCCUUCAUCACUUGUUCUAUGCUCCCAGAAUCGCGCAGCUAUCAAGCCCAACAACGCAUUCAACAUCAAACCACGGACGCAGCAGAGCCAACCAACCAAUUCGACCCGUAGGCACACAUUGCUAUAGACGCCUCCACCACCACUUCCACAAUCUGCGCCGCCUGGCUCCAUCUCAAAGCCAGCCCCUAGGAUGUCAGUGGUCAGUCAAACGCUGUAUUUUUCUCCUUGCCACAGCCACUUCUUCUUCCCCGCCUCGUGAAAUCAUCCUAUUCAGAUAGAGGAUCAUAUCAUGCAGUUGCUCGCCCCUGAUAUGAGACAACACAAACGUCCUGCCUUACUACCAUACAGCGCCAACCCACACAACAUGAAUGUAUCCCUACCCGCUGAUCGAGUGGGUGGUGGCAAGUGGCC